AUGGAUUACGCGAGCCCUGGGGGGACUGAUACAUCCACAGAUCUAGACGUCGAGAAGAUGAGCCCGGCGUUCGAACAGGGGCAUGUUGGUGCGCUCACACCUUCAGAAUCUAGUGGCAAGCCAAAUGGUAAACAGGGUCAAAAGACACUUCGUCGUCUUGCCCAAAACCGUGAAGCUGCAAGGAGAAGCCGGCUACGGAAAAAGGCAUAUGUCCAACAGCUUGAGAGUAGCAACCUGAAACUGGCUCAGCUGGAGCAGGAGCUCCAGCGUGCUCGCCGGCAGGGCUUUUUGGUUUCUACUUCGGGAGAUCAGCCCCAUUCAGCCAAUGGAAAUGGGGCUUUGGCAUUCGGAGUGGAGUACGCACGGUGGCUGGAGGAGCACAGCAAGCAUUUAGAUGAGCUCAGAGCCGCCGUCAACGCCCACGCCGGCGACAGCGACCUUCAGGCGAUCAUUGACGCCAUCAUGGCACGCUGCCACGAAAUCUUCAGGCUGAAGGAUGCCGCGGCCAAGGCCGACGCCUUCCAGGUCCUGUCGGGAACGUGGACGACCCCCGUCGAGAGGUGUUUCCUCUGGCUCGGCGGCUUCCGGCCAUCGGAGCUUCUCAAGUUACUCGCGAGUCGGCUGGAACCCCUGACAGAGAAUCAGCUCGAUAGUAUAUCUGUGCUGCAACAUUCCUCCCAGCAAGCCGAAGACGCUCUUUCUCGAGAGAUGGAAGCGCUGCGGCAGUCGGUCGUGGAAACCGUCGCCGCGUCGGGAUCGUCGUCGUCCCUGUGCCGCACAGCAGGCCCCUCUGGCGAUUACACGGGCCAAAUGGCGGUGGCAAAGCUUGGCGCUCUGGAAAUCCUCCUGCGGCAGGCUGAUGAUCUGCGGCUUCGGAUUCUUCAGGAAGUGCAGCGGAUACUGACCACCCGCCAAUGUGCACGAGCUCUGCUCGCGAUCAGCGACUACUUCUCUCGGCUGCGCGCUCUGAGCUCCCUCUGGAUUGCACGUCCGUCCACGUGA